CAUGCCCGAGACUACUGUGAAAGCGCCCAAGAAGGGCUCCAAGAAAGCCGUUUCCAAGUCGGUCAGCAAGACCGGCAAGAAGAAGAGAAAGACCAGGAAGGAGAGCUACGCUAUCUACGUGUACAAGGUACUGAAGCAGGUCCACCCCGACACCGGUAUCUCCUCUAAGGCCAUGGGCAUCAUGAACUCAUUUGUGGGCGAUAUCUUCGAGCGUAUCGCCGGUGAGGCCUCCCGUCUGGCUCACUACAACAAG